ACAAUAAUUCAAGCUAUCAUUGAGUUGUCAGUAUGUAUUGUUUCACGGUGGUUGUGUGCGUGCCUUCAAGCGAAUAUGAUGAUCCCAUGAAUUUCUUAGGGUUUUCUAAGCAAAGAAGACACACAGAAGUAGCUUUGCAUAUAGCUUUCAAGAUCAGACAAGCUUUUAAGGAUUAGCUUUCAAGAUCAGACAAGAUCUAGUGCCUUUGCCUUUUGUAUUUCAUCCCUGGUUGUUACAAUCUUAGAAAUUAGACAAAGGCAGACAUUUCUGAUGACUCAUAUUCAGUUUGGUUUCCAAUCAGGCUAUCUAGCUUUAGUCGUGUGCAUCUUGAAUACUUUUCACAUAUUCUUUAUAAGGUAGUGUCACAUUUUAAUUCUUCCCUCAGACAAUGUACAUUGCAUUUCAAUCAAACUUAUGCACACUGCUCUUCUUUCAUAACUUAACAUAUGUGAGGUUUAGCUCUGCUGCAGGCAAGCAAAAGAAAAGAAAAGCCCACUGAGUCAUUUGUUUUCUCCUUUGGAAAUCCAUGCAAACAGAGUAAAUGCAAUUAAACAGAAGGGCAAUGUUUUCCUUUGCUUGUGUUGUACUACAGCACACAUUCUGCCAGAACAUUUGGACAGAACUGUUAAGAGCUGGCAAGAAUUCAGAAAGCAAAUGAAUUCUAAACAAACAAAACCAAGAGGGGUUAAUAUCUAAAAUACAAUUAAAAUGUGUACCAGUAAAAAGGAGGAUACUCAGAGCUAAAGGUGUGAUCUGAUAUGCAACAGCUUCCUGAAAGUGGUGCGGAGGCACUCUACAGAAAAUUAUGGGAAGGGCAAAUCAUUCCAUCCCUUUGGCCAAUUCCAGUUACUCACUUGUACAUAAGAUGACUUAUUCCCAUUAGUUCCAUUCCAAUACUGGUUUUAAAAAAGCAAUGAAUGAAAACACUACAUGAAACGGCAAAAUGAGAAAAGGUUUCUCAAAAAUGUCUCAAUGUAUUGAAAUGAAAUAAUUUUAAAUAUGAUUUCCUUCUUCAAAUGAAAUUGAAUGUAAUUCAGAAAUGCCAUGACCCAAAAACAUUAUAUUGCUAGAAGGGAAAAUAAUUACACGUUGCUAUUUGUUAAUUUUUUUACUCCCUAGAGAGACUCUCUCUUGAGCACUCAGAAUACUGGGCAAUUUGGAAGGUGCUGAACAGACUGCUCUCUGGCACCAUGAGAUGCAGAGCCAAUCUUAAGAAAUGGUGCUACAAAGCAGAGGUGGCCCUAGGUAGUUUUCAACGCUCAGAGUUGCCGCACCAUGUCUUCUCAAAAACUUCAGGUGGCUCCCCCUGCGCCUCUGCUACGACCCAUGUUUGUCCCUGAGAGGCUUUUAAUGGGUCCUGGACCUUCCAACUCCUCACCGCGGGUCUUGUCUGCAGGUGGUCGACAGCUAAUAGGACAUAUCCAUAAAGAAAUGAUUCAGAUUAUGGAUGAGAUCAAGGUGGGAAUCCAGUAUGCCUUCCAGACACAGAACCCCCUUACACUUGCUGUCAGUGGCACAGGUCAUUGUGCCAUGGAAGCAUCCCUCCUGAACGUGGUGGAAGAAGGAGAUAAAGUAUUGAUAGGCGUGAAUGGAUACUGGGGUGAACGAGCAACUGAUAUUGCCAAGAGGCUUGGAGCUGAGGUAUAUCAGCUGGUAAAAGAACCUGGAGAGUAUUUUACUUUGGAAGAAAUAGAGAAGGGUUUGUUGCAACAUGCUCCUGUUUUGUUCUUUAUCACCCAUGGAGAAUCAUCCACAGGAGUAAUGCAGCCACUGGAUGGCCUUGGUGAUCUCUGUCACAGGUAUAAUUGCUUACUAUUGAUAGAUGCUGUAGCAUCACUAGGUGGAGCUCCAAUCCUCAUGGACCAACAAGGAAUUGACAUUCUCUACUCGGGUUCCCAGAAGGUCUUAAGUGCACCUCCAGGCGCUUGCCCCAUUUCUUUCAGUGAAAGAGCCAGGAAGAAGAUUUAUGCCAGGAAGACAAAGCCAGUUUCCUUCUAUCUGGACAUGGAAGAGCUGACUAAAUACUGGGGCUGUGAUGGCCACCCAAGAAUAUAUCAUCAUACUGCUCCAAUCAACACAUUCUUUUGUCUGCGAGAAGCCUUAGCAAUUCUCGCAGAAACGGGACUAGAAAACUCGUGGAAGCUUCACAAGGAGAAUAGCCUGUAUUUGUGUUCAGGGUUACAGAAAUUAGGCUUCAAGCUCUUUGUGAAAGAAUCGAAUGCAAGGCUCCCAACCGUCAACACGGUUUGUGUACCUGAGGGAUACAACUGGAAAGAAAUAACUGAAUAUACAAUGAAAAAUCAUGGAAUUGAGGUCUCAGGAGGCCUGGGUCCUUCAGCAGGCAAGGUUCUUCGAAUAGGACUGAUGGGUUACAACUGUACUAAAUUCAAUGUUGACAGAGUCCUUCAUGCCCUGGAGGAUGCUCUCCAGCAUUGUCUCAAGAACAAGUUAUGAGCUCCUGCACCACCUCUCAGAAAUUGGCUUGUCUUGUUUUUACCUCUUCUUUCAAAUUUGCUUAGUAAAAUAUGGCCCAAUUACUUUAGCCUUUCAUUUUUCACACUGGAUAAGGCAUCAGAAGUCUCAAACAUAGGAGAACCUAUAAUGACAGGAAAGCUGGAGUCCUGUGGAGUAACCAGAGGUAUUACUAUGCAAUCAUAGUCUUAAUUAUUUUUCUGCAUUCCAAAAUAUCUGUGUGACUAUGUAUUUGUAUAUUUCUUUAAGCCAUUUUCAUGCUUCCUGGGAGGGGGUUGGACUGGAUGGCCCACGAGGUCUCUUCCAACUAUGAUUUGUUGACUUAAGCCUGUAAAUUUCAUGGGUUUUUCUUAGGCAAGGAACACUCAAGAGGUGGUUUCGCUAGUCCCUUGUUGAAAUAUAGCCUGGGAUUUGUUGGCAGUCUCUCAUCCAGGAACUAACUAGGGUUGAUCUUGCUUAACUUACAAGAUUUGAUGUGAUCUGGUGCCUUUAGGGCAUUUAGGCCCCACUAUGUAACGAGAUUAAAAUUGACACAGGAAUAAAGUCUGCUUGUUUGUUAUUACUUGCACACCAACUAAUGCAAGUUAGUCCCUCAAAUUUAAGUGUUUAGCUAGUUGUUGCAAUUCGUUGAAUAGUAUCCAGUUGCUUUACUAUAAUAACAGCUGAAUUUUCCCAGUUGCAUAGUGAUAAGGGAAGAAAGAGAAAACCUGUUCAGUCACACAGUCUAUUCUCCAGGUCCUUCAAGGCUGGAAUGUCUAUUGUUGUCACAGUUUUGAUUACACUUUCUAUAUUUUUCUUUACCAAAUAUCUACAUUGGCAAAACCAUAUGAGCUUGUAUAUCAUUUUCAUAACAUGUGUGUAUGAAAGGUCAUGAGCAUUAAGUUUCGCACAAAACUUUAAAAAUUUCCCAAGUACAGCUUCUACUUGAAGUUGUGAUGAUGCUAGAAUCUUGUUCUCACUUCUUUUGAUUCUGGGCAGCAUCCGUGAGCAAGAUAUAUGCACUCCAGAUCACACAGAAAACUAGAGAUGGAAAAAAAUAUUUGCCACUGGCUGAAACACGUGGAAACCUUGUUGGAAAGAAUAAUAAAGUAGCAUGAAAGUU